GUAUAUUUGAUGACUAAUACUUAAAUUUUGAUAUACUACAUACAUAUGUAUAUAUACUGGUGUACAUAAGCAAAAACUGUCAAAUUUAUUAUUACAUGUAAGCAUAAUUGAGGUAAAUCGAGUUUAAAGCAUAUGCUUACAUACAUUCACACUUUUGUUAUUAUUUAAAAAAAAAAAAACAAAAUAACUCUACAUUAUUAUCUUAAUAAUUUUAUUAAUAAUUACCUAUGUAUAUACAUUAUAAUAUAAAAAUGUAUAAAUAAUAUAAAAAUUCCCUUACAUAUAUACAAUAGUAUAUACAGUUUAAUGUAGUAUAGUGAUCUCUUUUAAUGACACUCGUAUAGUGAGUGACAUACUAUAAACAUAUUUAAAUACAUAGAUCUACAUUAAUAUGCAAAGAGAAAAAAUUCAAAUUAAAGGAAAAUAAAAAAAAAUACACCAAGAAAAAAAAAAACAUCAAAGAUACACAUAAGUGUGAAUUACAAUAAAAUUCCUAUUGUGAAUUCUAUAUAUCGUAGUACUUAUAGUGAAUUAAUAUUUAUAUGUAACGAUUUGUUUACGAUCACCAGUCAGUUUUUCUUUUUUUUGCUUUUUGAUUCUCUUGUUUAUUUAAACAUGAUUGAGAUCAUAACAAGUUAAAAAAGAAGAACAAUCAAAAUAUACAAUAAAAAGAAAAAGAAAAUAUUUUAAAUAUACACAUGUAUAUAUAAAUAGAGCUAGAAAAAAAAAACCCAAAAAUACCAACUCAUAUACAAGUUGAUUGCAAAAUUUUAAAAGCACAAUACACAAACAAAAAUUAACUAACACACUCAAAUCUCCGACCUCUAUAUAGGUUUACAACAUUUUAAUGAUCAAUUCAGUUUGUUUUUAACUUUUCAAUCGGAUAACUUGAUCAAAAAAUCAAAAAGAGAAAAGGAUUAGAGAAAAAUAUCAAGAAUAUAAGAAGAAUAAAUAACAAAAAAAAAAAAUUCGCCAGAUCAGAAGUUUUAGAAGAGGAGCGAAAAAAUCUUUUUAAUUUUUGUUCGAAAAAAACAGAGGACAAAAGUAAUACAUCAAAUUUCGGCAAGGAGGGGAGAAGAAAAAAAUUUUAUUUUUUGGGGCUUUUGCCAUUGUAUGGAGCUUGCUAAUUCAACAACAAUAAGUGGUGACGAGCCGGGCCUGUCAAAAAGAUUACAGGACCGGAAUAGUCAAAAAUUAUUGACAAACUUCAAUUGCGGUAAUCAAUUUGCUGCCGCUCAAAUUUUUACAGCUUCAUCAAUUGAUAAUUCAUUGAAAAUUAAUCAAACUGGAGCAACAAACAAUAAUUUGACAAAUAUCUUCGUAAAUAAUGAGGGUGAAAAUGAUGGAUAUGUUCCAACUGUUGGGCGUUGGGGAUCAGAAUGGCCAAGUUGACUCGCCGAAACCAGCCUUGGUAGGGAUUGUACGUUCACCUCAACCAAAGAACGUACAAAAAACAAGUCAUCAUCUGAAACCAAUAAAAUCAUACCAUCUGCAUCAUCAACAGUAUCCGACAAUACUCUUGGAUGCAUUGAUGAAUCUAAGUUUGAUGAAAUCAAAUUCAAAAGAUUGACUAUCAAUGAUAAAGAUGAUGAUGAUAAUAAUGAACUUUCUAAUAUUGAAAAUCCAGUUUCUCAUGAUAUUGAUGAAAAUGAUGUUGAUAGGAAAACAAUUGAAAAUAAUGACAAUAUUAAAUCAAGCGAUAUUGUCAAUCAAAUCAUUGAAAUUAGCCAUCAUAAAAUUAAUAAAGUUCCAUCAGAUUAUGAAAAUAAUGGAGCAAAUAUUUCAGCAUCAGAUGAUGAUAAAAAGUUGGCUAAUAAUAUGGAUAAGGACACUUACCAAACGUCAAUCCAUAAUCUUAAUAUGACAUCGGUUAUAAAAAAUUCAGCAAACGAUUUCGAUCAUCAUAAUAAAUUAACAGUAGCAGACAAUAAUCGUUUAAUAGAAGAUGAUCAUAAAGAAAUUUCAAAAUUAGAACAAGCUGCAGCUACUAUAGAAGCUAAUAUUGGAGCUUGUUCAAUUAGUUACUCUAAAAUUAAUACAAAAGAGGGAAUAUUACUUCCGAUUGGAAUUUCUUCUGAUCCAAUUAUGAAAAUGUUAAAAUUAGCUACAAUGGGAACUCAACCAAUUAUAUCUGAUGAAUUAAAAAUUGGUGAUUUAUGGUGGUCUGCUAUUGAUUCAUAUAAUAUAACUGCAUUCGAUCAAACAAAUGGUAUAUGGCCAUUAGAACAUCCUCUACCAUUACCAGAUUGGUCAUCUGAAACUAGAGAAACCUUAAAAUUUGAUAAUGUUUGGCAAUAUGAAGAAAUGAAUGCAUUAAUUGAAGCUAAAUUACAUCGUAUGCUUGAAGUAACACAUUAUAAUACUGUUAAUAACUUUUUAGAUUUUUAUAAAGCUUUUAAGAAAACGCGGCGUUCCGAUUUAAAAUCGUUUUUUCAAUUUUAUGAUAUACCAAUUAAUAGACGUCAUCAUAUGUGCGUCAGUUUAGCUAUGGAAAUUAUUAUUAGAAUAUUAGAAAUAUUUCCCGAUUUAGCAAAAUAUUUAUAUAUAGUUUCAUGUGAAGAAGCAGUCGUACAACCACAAUAUUAUAUAGAUACAUGUGAACAAAUUGGUAUUAAUGCAGCAAAUUCAAAUGUUGAAAAGGAACAUUCACUUGUAGCAAUGAAAUUAUCAAUUGCCGGACGUCAAGGUUAUAUGGUUUUAGAUCCAGGCUAUCAUGUUGCUAGAGCUGUAACAGUAAUGAAAGAUCAAUGCUAUCCACAUACUGGAUGGUUUACUCAAUCUGAUGAAAAACAUUGUAAACGAGAAUAUUGUUAUAAUUAUAAUAUUCGUAAUACUAAUUAUAUUGAAUGGUGUGAAAAAGAGACACGUGGUGAUAAGCAAGAAUUCAAAGUCAAUUUAGUAUAUGUUGAACGUCCAUAUAGAACUGCCAUUGAUGUAACAGUAAGAAGAAAUUUAGUAUAUGAUUUUCGAUCGCUAUUGGCACGUGAUGCUAAAGGACGAGUUUUUGCUGGUUUAUAUUUUCCAUUAAUAUUAUCGAAAAAUGGAGAACAACCACAAUUUACAUUGUUUUAUGAAGGACAAAAUAAUCAAAAUGUUAAAGCGAAACUAUUAUUUAACGUAUUUAAAAAUUCAAGCAAGAUACCAGAUCAUGUUACAACUCAUAUAGAACAAUUAGCACCGCAGUUAAAUAUUGAUAAAAUUGAAUUACUUGAUAUAUUUAAAUCUAUUGCAGAAGUCGUUACCGAUCAAGAUUUCAUUAAGCAAGUUCUUUCAAUUAAUGAUGAUAUCAACGAAAUGUCAGCUGAUAAUUAACCAAAACUGAAUUUAAUUAAGCGUAUUUUAAAAGAUUGUAUUUAACAUCUUCUACAAAACUAUUUUAACGCUUAUUUAUUGUAUUUAUAAAAAAUAAAUAUAAAAGAGAAAAAAAAAAACAUAAAUAUUAUUCACAUUUAUUAUUUCUUCCUUAUUAUUUUGGAACAAAAAUUAUUUUAAGACAAAAUAAUAAAAUAAUAUAUAAUAUUAAAAUACAAAAAAAAAAACAUAAAAAUUCAAUUAUACCAAUAUUAUUAUUAUAACACUAUAUAUAAAAAUUUUAUUCAUCCUUAAUAAGGUUUUAUGUUUAUAAAUCCAGAAAAUU